AUGAUCUGGCCGAAGUUACUAUUAAUCACAGUCAUGGCUGUAUCCAUGUCCGUUUCCUAUGAUCGCAGUGUCAACUAUUGGGAGGCCUUUGCGCCCGGCAAGCUGCUGCAACGUCUAGAUGCGUUAACUCAAACUGGCGACUCGAAUGGAGAAGAUACUACUAAAAUAAUGUUGGCUCAGGCUAAGUCUGACGAUGAUCUCCCGGACGAGCAUGAUGCUCAUACUGAUGAUGAUGAUGAUGGAGAUGCUGUAGAACUAAGUGCUGAGACUGCUAGCCAUGAAGAAGGAUUAAAUUCAGCAGAGGAUUAUGAGCGUAACUACGAGCAAUUUGUGCGGGAACAUUUCGAUAGAGCUACUGAAAAUGAUGAUAAUGUGGAUGAUGGCGUCGAUACCGAUACCGAUGUCGAAGCCGAAUCUCAAUCCGAUGCCAGUCUGGAAGCAGAAGCUAGCCAUGUACAGCAUCAACGUUGCCGACGAGUCCAGAAAAAGGGUCAACUUUGCGAGAUAUGCCGACAUCCCAAGAACGGUGAAGUAUCCGAAACUUGCAGCUAUUCCCAUGCAGAUCAGCCAAAGCAAUACGCUUAUGGCACCGAAAGCCAGUAUAGACGCUACCGUGACACUGACCAACCCACAAUGGGAUCAAAGGAAUCCAAGCCAAGUAGUCUUUGCGUGCGGCGACUUCAUGGCAAGCGUGUUUGCUACGACUGCCAGGACAGUGGAGGUAACAAACUUGAGCGUUGUUACGACACAGACCAGCAAUCGAAAAAUCAAAAAAUCCGCAAUAAAUCAAGCAUGCCAACCAAAUCCGUUAAGAAAAUGCCUCAAGCCAAGCAAUCACAGCAUACGGAAAGUCAAAAGCGUAUCUAUAAAAGAACAAUUAGCUAUAGUUUUGCUCAGGAUGGUUCCAAUGAAGAUGUGAAUGCCACAACGAUUACUCCAACCACAACAGCCAUUCUGUCUACUAACCCUAAUCAUCAUCAUCAUCGUCAGAGUUCACAAAAUCAUCGCCAUCGUAGGACACAAAGUCGUCAGGUUAAUGGCAAAAAACCUGUACCAUAAUUUUUAUCGAUCCCCAAACAUAAUUCCUCUUCAUCUCAGCAAAAGUAGACUUAAGACCGUUUUUGAUGCAAUAAAAGAAAAAAUUCUUUAAAUUUUAUAAAUCUA